AUGCGAGAAUCUGACGAUCCACCGAUUUCGAACAUAUUCGUCUUUGCUACUCUAAUAUCCAUCCGUGCCGAAGCUUAUGGGAAGCGCGUGGCAACAGCGAGAGAAUGUCUAGGUGCAUCGUUAUACUACUACUCGCAACUUUGUGAACACGCUCUGUGGUCUCAAACUCAGUUUUCCGUGUUUCUCUGUUGCAAAUCGUCAGUAAUUAUUGAUAACAUGUCUGGAUCUACUCAGCGCAUCCUUCAUAAUUCUUCCCACAAAACGAAAGAACCUAUCAGCACAUCUCAAACCGUUCUCAUGCCAAAAAUGAUGCGAUUUACAUCGAAUCGCUUUCUUGUGCUGAAAUCAUCAACGAAACUUUGGAAAAAAAACACCGAUCCUGUCAUUGAGAAGAUGGCUCUUGCCUUGAAAACAAAAGCCACACAAGAAGUGGCUGAUGGAGUUGAAGCUGAAAAGAGGGGCCGUAGUAUUGUGAUCACUGGUUUAUCGGAAUUGGGUGCCAAUAGAUCUUUGAAAGAAAGGCAGAGAGACCUCGAAGAAAAAGUGGCCAAUGUCCCUGAUGCGCUUGAAGUUGACUGCCUGCCCGAAGUAGCUUAUAAGUUGGGAACGUUCAACGGUAACAAGCCAUGUCCUGUUAAAGUUAUACUUCCUUCUCGUUCCCACUGGGCAAAGGCUCUGUUAAGAGCGCAGCUCCUACGCCGCACAAACCUUUCGAACAUAUUUUUACGUAAAAAACAUGACCGCGGCAGAACGAAAACGGGAUUAUGA